AUGGCAUCGGUGCGUUUCACGGUCACGCCCACCAAGGCCGAGGACCUCCCCGGGCUGUCCGACACCUCACCCGAUAUCAGCUCCAGUGGCCGCGUGCGAUUCGGCUCCAGGGAAAGUGUCAACCGCAGCGAUCUGCUCAGCGAGGGGUCCGGGGGCCUGACCACCUCCACUGCCACUCCAGGAGCAGGAGGGGGGGAGACACCUGACACCCGCAGCAAUGCAGACCAAAGUGAGGGAAAUGCUAAAAUCUCCAGUGUCUACAUAAACAAUGCGCACGGUGUGGACGACGAUGACUUCUACGACAGAAACCUGGCCCUGUUUGAGGAGGAGAUGGACACACGGCCAAAGGUCUCCUCUCUGCUCAACCGUCUGGCCAACUACACCAACCUAACCCAGGGGGCCAAGGAGCACGAGGAGGCAGAGAGCAUCGGGGAGAAAAGGAAGCCCAGCAAGUCUCCUCAGAUGGGAACUUUCAUGGGGGUGUACCUGCCGUGCCUGCAGAACAUCUUUGGCAUCAUUCUGUUCCUGCGCCUCACCUGGGUGGUGGGAACCGCUGGCGUGCUGCAGGGCCUCUGUAUCGUCUUCGUAUGUUGCUGCUGUACGAUGUUAACGGCCAUAUCAAUGAGUGCCAUCGCCACCAAUGGAGUUGUACCAGCGGGGGGCUCCUACUUCAUGAUCAGUCGAUCUCUGGGUCCAGAGUUUGGAGGCGCGGUGGGCCUUUGUUUCUACUUGGGUACCACCUUCGCUGGGGCCAUGUACAUCCUGGGAGCCAUCGAGAUUCUGCUGAUGUACAUAGCGCCGCGGGCGGCCAUCUUUGUCACCAGCGAACCCGACGGUGAGGGGGCAGCUAUGUUGAACAAUAUGCGGGUGUACGGGUCGAUCUGUCUCCUUCUGAUGUCCCUACUGGUCUUUGUCGGCGUGAAGUAUGUCAACAAGCUGGCCUCCAUCUUCCUUGCUUGUGUCAUCGUCUCCAUUCUGUCCAUAUACAUCGGGGCACUGGUCUCUGCCUUCAGCCCACCAGACUUUCCGGUGUGCAUGCUGGGAAACAGAACCAUCAGUGGCCAUGCUCUCAGUGACAACCACUGUGCCAAGACCGUACUGCUGAAGCCCAAAGAGUCAGUGGGGAGAGAGGAUGCCAACUUCACAUCCAUGGGUGAAAACAGCACUGUUGUCCCGAGUUUUGAACCCCCUGGCUACACUCUUGUGGAAACUACCACGUCGCUAUGGCAACAGUUCUGUGAGGGCAAAGAGCUGAACUCCUCCUGUGAUGGCUACUUCAACCUUAGCAAAUUCUCCCAGAUAAAAGGCAUCCCUGGUCUGGCCAGCGGAGUUAUUUCAGAGAAUCUAUGGAGUGCCUACCUCAGCAAAGGAGAAGUUCUGGAGAAAAAGUCCCUCCCCUCUCCCAAUGCCGCACACCCAGCAACCAAUCAGCAACCCUAUGUGUUUGCUGAUAUCGCCACCUCCUUCACACUACUGGUGGGCAUAUUCUUCCCAUCUGUCACAGGAAUCAUGGCUGGUUCCAACCGGUCGGGGGAUUUGAAGGAUGCUCAGCGUUCAAUACCCAUAGGGACCAUUCUGGCCAUCCUCACCACCUCCCUUGUCUACCUGAGCAGUGUGGUUCUGUUUGGCGCAUGCAUCGAUGGAGUGGUGCUCAGAGACAAGUUUGGAGACUCGGUGAAGGGAAAUCUGGUUGUAGGCACACUAGCGUGGCCCACCCCCUGGGUCAUCGUGAUUGGCUCUUUCUUUUCUACCUGUGGCGCAGGGCUCCAAUCACUGACUGGCGCUCCCCGCCUCCUCCAGGCUAUUGCCAAGGACAACAUCAUCCCCUUCCUAAGGGUGUUUGGCCAUGGGAAGGCCAACGGUGAGCCCACCUGGGCCCUGCUGCUUACUGCUCUGAUAGCUGAGCUGGGGAUUCUCAUCGCCUCCCUGGACCUGGUGGCCCCAAUCCUCUCUAUGUUUUUCUUAAUGUGCUAUCUGUUUGUGAACCUGGCAUGUGCCCUCCAGACUCUACUGAGAACACCCAACUGGAGACCACGCUUCUCCUACUACCACUGGACCUUGUCAUUUUUGGGGAUGAUUAUCUGCCUGGCUCUGAUGUUCAUUUCCUCCUGGUACUACGCAAUUGUUGCUAUGGUGAUCGCUGGUAUGAUCUACAAGUACAUCGAGUAUCAUGGAGCGGAGAAGGAGUGGGGUGAUGGGAUCCGUGGUCUUUCCCUCAGUGCUGCUCGUUAUGCCCUCCUACGGUUGGAGGAGGCACCACCGCAUACUAAGAACUGGAGGCCCCAGCUGUUAGUGCUACUGAAGCUGGAUGAAGAUGCCCACGUGAAGUCUCCCCGCCUGCUGACAUUUGCUAGCCAGCUGAAGGCAGGGAAAGGCCUGACUAUCGUGGGCACCGUCAUCCCAGGCAAUUUUCUCCACAGUUACGGAGAAGCCCUUGCUGCUGAACAGACCAUGAAGCACCUGAUGGAUAAGGAGCGUGUGAAGGGCUUCUGCCAGUGCAUUGUGGCCAUGAAGCCUCGUGAGGGCAUCAGCUACAUGAUACAGUCCAGCGGCUUGGGGGGAAUGAAGCCCAACACUGUGGUGAUGGGCUGGCCUCACGCGUGGAGGCAGAGUGAAGACCCACAGUCCUGGAAGACCUUCAUCAACACGGUGCGGUUGACCACGGCGGCCCACCUGGCCCUGCUGGUCCCCAAGAACAUCUCGCUGUUUCCUUGCAACAGCGAACCCUGCGCAGAGGGCUACAUCGACGUCUGGUGGAUCGUCCAUGAUGGGGGCAUGCUUAUGCUGCUGCCCUUCCUGCUACGUCAACACAAGGUUUGGCGCAAGUGUGGGAUGCGCAUCUUCACGGUGGCCCAGAUGGAGGAUAACUCCAUCCAGAUGAAAAAGGACCUGGCAACCUUCCUCUACCACCUGCGAAUCGAGGCUGAGGUAGAGGUAGUUGAGAUGCAUGACAGUGACAUCAGUGCAUAUACCUACGAGAGGACCCUGAUGAUGGAGCAGAGGUCUCAGAUGCUUCGCCAGAUGAGGCUCUCCAAGUCAGACCGGGAAAAGGAGGCCCAGCUGGUCAAGGACCGUAAUUCCAUGCUGCGGCUGACCAGCAUUGGCUCUGAUGACGAGGAUGACACUGACGGGGGGGAGCGGGACAAGGCACCGGGGGUUGGGGCCGGCGGCUCCUGCUCAGACCACCACAGGCGGGUCCAGAUGACCUGGACCAAAGAAAAGACCCUGCAGUACCGCUCCGCACACUCGGGCUGCUCCACGCCAGAGGGCUUCAGAGACAUGCUCAGCAUCCGACCUGACCACUCUAAUGUCAGACGGAUGCACACGGCGGUCAAGCUGAAUGAGGUCAUCGUCAACAAAUCCCAUGACGCCCGGCUGGUCCUGCUCAACAUGCCAGGACCGCCCAAAAACCCUGACGGAGAUGAAAACUAUAUGGAAUUCCUGGAGGUUCUGACAGAGGGACUGGAACGUGUCCUGCUGGUCAGAGGAGGAGGAAGCGAAGUCAUCACCAUCUACUCCUGA